ACAGGUCAGAGGUAUCACUGGUUUACUAAUAAUCAAAUAUUGCACUUCCGGCACUGCUAUUUAUUCGUUGAUAGUUUGCAUAGAUUUGUCAUUUGCCAAUCAGAAAAGGUAAAUGUUACAGAAUGUGGGUAAUGAUCUGUAUGUGGUUUGUAUGCUUCUAGGCAAUGAAGUGAAGCUUUAAGGCUUGCAGUACCUCUUAUUCCCCAAAUGCUAGGCGUAUAGAUUAUAUCUAACCAUUCUCGCAGGAGAUCUUUGUUUGGAAGCAGAAUCUUUGAACCUACCACCACAAAACCAUUAAUCAGUUGGCGUAGAAAUCUAGAGAGCUAUAAGCGACCACCACCUCUAUACCUUGUAAAGGUGCAUAGACCACAGUUUUAUGGGAAUCAUACAAGAGGGUGUUUUGAAAAGCUUAUCUAAAUAAGUCCUUGUGUCAAGUUUUGGAAUUUCUUGGGGCAACCUCAUAAAUUAUUCCAAUGUAGCUAUGAACCUUAUACUGACAUUUCAAAUUUCCUGGUAGAGUGGUAGUCUUACUGCUGAUCUGAAACCCUUACAUCCAGCCUAUUCUUUUUAAUUGGUUCAGCAUUUACAGGAAGAAGAAUCAUAAGCAUGUUUGUGAGUCUUAGCCCCUGCAGUAUGUUGUGCUUAUUGAACUUAAUCCAUUUUUUCCUUUGCAUCCUUGGUAUAGCUGAUUUCAAAUCUAUAAGUUAUUCACAAUUCUAUAUUUAAUAUAUUGUUUAUCAUAGUGUAUUUACGUUAAUGAUAUGUUCCAUAUGGUAGCUACAUAUUUAUUUAUUUGGGGACCAAGCAAGUGACCGUACCUGCUUGUAUCUACAGCAUACUUUCUACUGUGGACUGUGGACCACUGACUUAGACAAUGUCAGGAAACGUGCUCACAAUUUGUUGUUUAUGAAUUGCAGUUUUGGCCCAUGACAGAAUGAUUCUAACUGUUGAGUCUUUUUCUGCAGAUGUACUGUUGCCUCACUAAAAACAAAUUCUAGACACUGUUUGACCUGGGACCAUUUGUUCAAGCUGUCCACAUUUAUUUAUCAUACUUUUUUCCUGUUAAUCAUUUUUAAGUAAACAAUUGUCCUUAGUAUGGGACCAGGUCCAACUCCAACCGUACAUUGACUCAUGGAUUACUAAAACAGUUGAGAGGUAGUACACAACCGACGAUUAAAUAUCAUCCUCACUGAGAGGUUUAAGCUAUAUCACAAUCCUGUUGAUUAGACAGCUCCUCCGAUGAAUAUUCCCUUCUUCCUUCUAUUAUUGUCUCGUUACCUUUUGUUUGUGGAGUGUGGUCCUGCUUUGUGGCCAUCAUUACUGGAGCUCUUCUGCAAGCAACGGUAAGGGUAUCUGGUAACCUACAGUGUUGGUAUCAUUGCGGGAAACAAAACUUUUUCACCCUGAUGAGGGUGCUUUCUGAAUUGGACUUGUUCGGCAAUGAUUCCAAUGGGUUGUGCUUUACAGUAGAGACCUUUUCUCUUGUGUUUCCCAAUGGUUUCGUCCUCUAAAGUUAAAAGGUGGCUGUGGCUCUAGAGAGUGAUCCACUUGCACGCAAUACUCUAGAAUGCAAUUACUCUGGAUCAAUGCUUAGUUGAAUGGUAGCUAACAAGUUUAUUUUUAGUUGUAUGAUGUUAUUGCAUGAUUUGCUUUCUUUCAUACAAAAAUCCUCAUGCAUAUGCUUAAGUUAUGAGAUCAAUCGCCGCUGUCUUGUGCUUUCUUUAUGAAUGGAGCUCGUUUUUCAAUGUAUACAGUUUUCUUGACAAUUUUAAUAGUUUGGUCAGUUUUUCUGCUCAAUUCUUUAUUUACUAGUACAUUGUAAGCUGUGAACAUGGUGGUCUUUUCUAUGCAGGCUAUCUUUGAUGACUUAUGAAUUUGUUACGAAUCUGUGUUCUGGACCAGUAACAAUCCUUAUUAAUUUUCAAGAAUCUACAGAAGGGGAUCUACAAUGUAAAUGCAGCAAGGAUCAUGCCGCCCUAUAAGCUAUAAUGUCUGGUGCCUAGACAUACAUAUACAUUAUUACUCAGUUGCUAAUCGUGAUUAUCUAUUUUUGGGCAAAAGAUAGCUGUAACUAUUGUGAGAUAGCAGCUGCAAACUGCAAAAGGGGUCUGUCCAAACCGACCAGACAUUGUGUUGGCACGCAGAUCUGCCAUCAAGAUAUGGUGUUCUCAGUGUUCCCACAAUCCCAUUUGGAGCUGCCCCAGCAACUUCUUCAUGCUGCAUUGUUUCUGCAGUGUUGGUUGUGAGAGAACAGGCAGGAUCGUACAAUACAUUGACCUGAUACUGGCCUGGGCGUAUAUAUGACAUAUGGCUGUUGUGCUCGACUGGCAGAAGCAAAAAGGUUCCAAAAAACAUGGAAAAUCUGAGGCAAUUGGGUGUUAAUGCUUGGUCCAUGAUGCCUGAUGGGAAGUUGGGUACUGAAACACUAUUUCUCACUGCUAGUUUGACAUGACAAUUGGGCGUCCCUUUUCCUAGUAGUACUACGAUGCCUGUAUUAUUGCUUGCUUUCAUCUAUUGUUAUUGUCUUCUGGUUCCUGCAAUCGUAUGUACGGUGAGUUACAAUGCCCUGAGAAUUUUGUAAUUGGGUGUCCAAAUGUUUUACUUGCUCAAUAUUGCCCUGCAAAUAUGACCUGCAUGCAAGAAUCAACACUAGUCAUGGUUCAACGUGGACAGUUGUUGGCACAAACAAGACCUGGCCUAAUGCUAUUUUAUCCUUCUUGCUUCACGCACAGAAGCGACCAGCCUGGGUAAUGGCACCAAGAAGGCAUGGCAGAAAUAGAUGGAAAGCUUGGGUGGUUGACGUGGCCACUAAAUGGACUCACAUGAAUGAACCCUUAAAGAUACGUACCAAAAGAGGAAGAAAAGAGGCAGGAGUGGGAGGAUAGCAGAGGAAGGAAAGGCUAGCUGCUUGAGGACACUGAGCCAGGUAGUUUCCAACUAGCCUUGGGGGUCCAAUGAUGCAAUGAUUCUUGCCUAUAUAAUCAUCCAUGCAAAUGGAGAAAAAAGAGCAUCAAUGGCUACCAUCAGAGAGGAGUCCGACUACGACAGCAGCCGGUCCUCGCUCACUGCGCCAGGCUCCCGCCGGAGCUGGAUCAGUGACAUUGGCAGCUCCAGCUCGGUCUCGGGGCGCUCCUUCGGCGGAGGCUGGGAUGCACCAGCCCCCUCAUGCCGCCACAAGCCCCACAAGGCGAACCAGGCCGAGUGGGAGGCCAUCAGGCGCGUCCGAGCUGCCGCUGGCCGCAUCGGGCUGGAGCACUUCCGCCUGGUGCGGCGCCUGGGCAGCGGCGACCUUGGGAAUGUCUACCUCUGCCAGCUGCGGGAGCCCUGGUCGACGGGGUGCCUCUACGCCAUGAAGGUCGUGGACAAGGACGCUCUGGCGUUCCGCAAGAAGUUGCGGCGAGCGGAGGUGGAGCGCGAGAUCCUGCGGACGCUCGACCACCCCUUCCUGCCGACAUUGUACGCCGACUUCGAGGCGUCGCACUACGCCUGCCUCGUCAUGGAGUUCUGCCCCGGCGGGGACUUGCAUGUGGCCCGGCAACGGCAGCCCGGCAAGCGGUUCAGCAUCUCCUCCGCCAGGUUCUAUGUGGCGGAGACGGUGCUGGCGCUGGAGUACCUGCACAUGAUGGGGGUGGUGUACAGGGACCUCAAGCCGGAGAACGUCCUGGUGCGUGGGGACGGCCACAUCAUGCUCUCGGACUUCGACCUCUCCCUCAAGUGCGACGUCGUCCCGAGGCUGCUCCGGCACAACAGCCUCCCCCACAAUGCCAACGCCCCGGCCAAGCCGUCCUGCGUCCCGCCGAUCCAGCCGGUGCUGUCGUGCCUCUUCAAGGGCGUGCACAAGUGCCACGCGAAGGAGGAGGCCGCGCCGAAGAAGCCCGGCGACGACGAGGCUGCCAGCGCGGAUGGCGCGUCGUCGGAGCCCGCGGACACCACCAACCCGGAGCUGGUGGUGGAGCCCGUCUCGGCGCGGUCCAAGUCCUUCGUGGGCACGCACGAGUACCUGGCGCCGGAGGUGAUCUCCGGGCAGGGCCACGGCAGCGCCGUCGACUGGUGGACGCUGGGGGUGUUCAUGUACGAGAUGAUCUACGGGCGGACGCCGUUCAAGGGCGAGAGCAACGAGAAGACCCUCGCCAACAUCAUCAAGCAGCCGCUGGCGUUCCCGCGCGUCGCGGCGGCGAGCGGCAGGGAGUGGGACGAGCACCUCCGCGCGCAGGACCUCAUGGCCCAGCUCCUGGCCAAGAACCCCAAGAAGCGGCUGGGCGGCUGCACGGGCUCCGCCGAGGUGAAGCGGCACGGCUUCUUCAGGGGCGUGAACUGGGCGCUCGUCAGGUCCGUCCGGCCGCCUGAGGUGCCCAAGCCGCUGCCGGCGGUGCCCCCGGCGCCGAAGAAGGUGAUGGUGAUGAGCAGGAAGGAGCGGCGGGAGCCCUACAACCCCGUCCGGUCCGACGAGCGCUUCGAGUACUUCUAAGCUGUAGGUCGUCGAUCUUGUCUGAAGGUCGUCGGCAGAUUAGUGGAAGUGUACAUACAGUAGCACGUACUACGACCGGAGGAGCAUCAAGCUGUAGGGAUCGUGGCUACCUGUGCUGGCCAAAAAAAAACCGCUCCUCGGUGCGGCUAGCUUGCAGGGAAAAUCUGAACCUUUUGUUCCUCAUUUUUUGUCCUACAGUUUGCUGCCUGCCAACAUGAUCAUCGAUCAUCGAUUUUGUUUGAAGAAUCUUUUUUCCUGGA